CCAAAACCCUGUGCUGGGCUGUGUCCUUCGGUAAGCAAUUUUCUAGCACACCAACAGCACUGAGAAGGACACCCACUUCCUCAAAUGCAACGAGCAGUGUGCAGAGAGCAGCCCCGGGCAGCCACGUUUCAGUGCAGUGGGGCCGAGCUGCUGCGUCCCUGCAUCAGCCAAAGGGGUUUGCAAAAGAGGGAGCGAACAAAAAGGCGGCAUCACCUUGGCAUCGUCAGGGAAGCAAGACCAAAGCUUUGCAGGAAAGCAAGGCAGGAAAGUACUUUUAUGGGGUUGUUCACAGCCGUGCUCAGGAGGGAGGAGGAAGUCCGUUGGCAAAUCAACCCUUGCUGAGCCGUUGUGCUUUGUGGGGGCAAUCACACCCCAUCGCAGGAUUCCCACGGGACUAUCAGAGCUUCAUUUCAGCCUGUCUCCUAACCAAGCCCCCUUCGAAAAACAAAAGCCCUUCCUAAUCCAAAAUGUCUCUCAAGCUGCCACGGAACUGGGAUUUCAACCUGAAAAUGGAUGCUGCAAAAAUAGCCCGCUCCAAGAGCGUGAUGAGCGGUGAGCCAGUGGGCACAUGGCCGGCCUCCCCCAACCCGCUGGAGCGGCCCCUGAAGAUCGGCUGGCUGAAAAAGCAGCGCUCCAUUGUCAAGAACUGGCAGCAGCGGUACUUCGUGCUGAAGGGCCAGCAGCUGUACUACUACAAGGAUGAGGACGAUGUCAAACCACAGGGCUGCCUGUCUCUCCAGGGAAGCACCAUCAAAGAGGUGGUCAGCAACCCAGAGGAAGGAGGAAAAUUUAUCUUCGAAAUCAUCCCAGGGAUCUCAGGAGACCAGAAUCGGUCAGGGCAGGACACCUACGUGCUCAUGGCUAAUUCCCAGUCUGAGAUGGAGGAAUGGGUUAAAUCCAUCCGACGAGUGGUGGGGUCAGCAUCAGGAGUGGUGUUUGGCCAGCGCUUGGCAGAGACCAUGGCCUAUGAACAGAAAUUUGGGCAGCACCAGGUCCCCAUACUGGUGCAGAAGUGCGCUGAGUUCAUUCGGGAGCAUGGUGUGAGUGAGGAGGGCAUCUUCCGCCUCCCCGGCCAAGACAACCUGGUGAAACAGCUCAGGGAUGCGUUCGAUGCUGGGGAAAGGCCAUCGUUUGACCGGAAUACAGAUGUGCACACCGUAGCCUCUCUGUUCAAACUCUACCUGCGGGAGCUCCCUGAGCCAGUUGUGCCCUGGAUGCAGUAUGAAGAUUUCCUGCUGUGCGGUCAGGCGCUGGAUGUGGAUGAGAGAAAGGGCCAUCAGGAACUCCUGAAGCAACUGUCCCUCCUUCCCAGAGACAACUACAACCUCCUCAGCUAUAUCUGCAGGUUUCUACAUGAAAUACAGUUGAACUCUAGCGUCAACAAGAUGAGUGUGGAUAACUUAGCAACAGUGAUUGGAGUGAACCUCAUCAGACCCAAGAUAGAGGAUCCUGCAAUUAUUAUGAGAGGCACACCACAGAUCCAGAAAGUGAUGACUGUGAUGAUAAGUGACCAUGCAGACCUCUUUCCCCCAUCCAAGGAUGUGCUGCCCUCCUCACCUGCCCAAAAAAAUGACAAGAAAGCCCCCAUCCCACGUAGCUCCGUGGGCUGGGAUGCUGCAGAGGACCCUGCAGUGCACAGGGCAGAGAGCUUGAUCCAAAGGCAAAUGAGAGAUGACCUGAAUUCCAGCAGGGCCCUCGGACCAGCUGCGAGCUCAAGUGCACCCAGAGAAGAUAACGAGUCCAAAGAUACUCUGGGAACGUGGAAAACGCAGUCAAGGAAAAGAACUCAGACUUUACCUAACAGGAAAUCUUUCCUGACAGCUGCUUCUCCAGGGGAGAAAGGCAGCAGUGACAAAAAUGACAUAUUUGCUAGUGACUUUUGGAAAAGCUCCCCUGGGAGCAGCAUGCACUCCAUGGCUCCUGACGGACAUAAGAGAACGUUGUCGCACGAUCUUUUUAAGUUGCUCGACCUUCACCGGGCUUCGACCUACGAUAACGUUCCUACCUCCCAGGCAGAAAGUGGGGAAGGCAGCAGCUCCAGCCCCAGCCCUUCGAGCAGCGGCUCUGAUAAGGAAUUUCUACCUUGCUCCAGUCCCAGCCAUCAGCCAAAGGAAACAGCCAGUCCCACCAGCAGCCCUGCCGCGGUCUCCAAGCCUGAUCAGGAGAGCAGGGAGUUCCUGCAAAACAUGAUCUUGAAGCUGGAAAAAGAAAUGGAGGUACAGAAAAAUGACUACGAAGAGCAAAUUAAAAGUCUUGAGAAGGAAAACUAUGAAGUCUGGGCCAAAGUAGUGAGGCUGAAUCAGGACAUUGAGAAGGAGAAGAAGAAGUCUGAGGAACUGGAGCUGAAGUUGAUGAAUGUAGAGUGCUCACGGGAGGAAAUGGAGAAGAAAAACAAGAUGCUUGAGGAGGAGGUAAAAAACCUAGCUAAAUCCAUGAGCAAAGCUAACGCCAAGACCAACUAGGAGAAGACACCCAGCUAUGCACAGACAUAAAAUACAGCUGCAUGAAUCCACAGGAAUUGCCAAGCAGAUUCAGAGCCAGGGACUUGUAUUAUUUGGUCUUCUGCUACCAACCACGGGCUGGUUUGGAGGAAGGAGCCCAGAAGUUAGAGGCUGGUUUAUGCUCUGAAACAGGAAAUUUCAAAAAUAUUCUUCAGCUCUUUUGGCAUGUUUUUUCCAACUCCUCUUUCAGCUGCUCAAGUUACCUGUAGAACAGGCCAAUACUUCUUGCUGCUCAAUCAGAAUAUCUUGCACUCAGGAGUUCAAGUUGAGGACACAUUAUGCCUUUACAAAAAUAAACCAGCAAGCAUCCCUCUUGCCAGCCGGCUGGCUCUGUGCUGGAGGUACCCGCAGUGCUUCUGAGUGGAACAAAAAGUCCAUAAAACCUGGAGCCGGGCAGACAGAAAAGCCCCACGGUCUGGGGUGGCACAGCCUGUCACACAGUGUGCCUGGACGGUGGGCUGCAAAUGCUGUCAGCACCACGGUUAUGUUGUUCACGUUAACACGCAGUAGGUUAUUGCUCUUAUAGAGCAAGAGAAGCCCAGACAGCCUGUCGGGUCCACUGAGAAGAGGUCUCUUACAGCAUCACUUGCUGUGCUGUGCCACUCAUUGAUAUCAAAGCUCCAGGUGUAAAAUCACAACAUCACAAAAACCUUUUUAGUUAAGUGGCUGCUCAGCUAUUUUAAAUCACUGCUCCUUAUAGCCAUGUUUAUAUAAAUCCAGCACAGCUGCUGCUGGGCUUUGGAGAGCUCUUUCAUGCAUCCAUACACUGAGCAAUUUGUGCAGAGAGUCCAUCAGCAGCUUUAUCUAGUACAGAAAAUGGGGCUUCAACACUUUCCUUGACAGGCAGUUUCCAAAAAGUAACAGAUCCGGACUUAUUUACCGCCUCUGUUUGUUUGGUUUUUUUAUCAUUUCUUCAGCAUAGAACAGGAUUUCCGCAGCCACCUUGGUAGAAACCUGGGUUUGCACCCUAACGAUGAUGCUGGGUCUCUCCCUGGCACUUGCUGCCUUCAGUGUAAAUAACUGGACCCAAAGGUCUCAUGGUGCCAGUGUGGCUGUUUGUAAACUUGUCUGCUUGUUUUCCCACUGCCUGCCAGCAAGUUGCCCUUCCAGCAGUACCACGAUGCUGCUGAAGCUUUUGAUGUUGAAAAGAAAGUAGCAGGACUCCAAAAGAAAACCUUCCACUCAUUUAUGUUAAGAAGGGGGAACACCACCACACAGCCUCUGCCUAGCCAAGAACCUUCAUGGGAACACGAAAGGGAAAACCACAGAGAUCUGCAGGAGUUUUCAAUCAACUUGUCUAGGAACGUACACAUGUCUCUGUGCCAAGCAUGGUGAAGUUAAUGCAACAACACUGGAUUACUGCUGCUGAGGACCUGGUUUUGGUGAUACAAAAGUUCAGCUCAAGAUAGGUUGCAGACCUGCUCGGCAGAGCCUGCAAAGAAAAACGAACUGGCAAGAGACAGGGACACAGAGGGAACUACGUGAAAAAAAGGGGAGAUGGGAGUGGGGAAAUGUUAUUAGAGAAUAAAAGUCAAUAUUGGGUAUAUAGCACUUGCUGCUAUCAGCCUUGCUAGGGCUGGGACUCAUCUAGCCCUAAAACCGAGCGCAGACUCCUUAGCCCCAGACUCAGAUUCAUUUAGGUGUAUUGAAUCCACCUUUGCUCAGCUGUGGUUAUAAAGGACUGGUAAAGGAGGGGUUUGUGAAAGUUGAGCUGUAUUUAAGAAUCCGACCCUUAAAUAGCUCAUUUGACCUAUAGACUCUGACUCCAGGUGGCUUUCGUUUCCAUAGAAUUGCCAGAGGCUACACAGCUCCUCACCAUCCUGCCCACAAACCUUCACACCAGGGAAUUAAAUAUUUCUGGCACCAGGGAAUUAAAUGUUUCUGGAGGCCUGCAUGGAGUUACUGCAUGGGGCUACUGCAAAAUCACAGUUCCUACCACAGGACCCACACCCAUGGUCCUCUGCUCUUGUAAUGAUUGUAUCUGAUAAAAAUGUUUCAAAUCUGAUUAAAAUGUUUCUAACCUAAAACUUGGGAAUUUGAAAUCUCAGUGAGAACCCCAGUACCCCUUUGCAUUGGCUCCGCAGCCCGCAGCCUUGCAGAGGGAUGGGCGUCACAGAGAAGAGCCCCAGGGAGGACAGUGUUGCCUCCACAGGCUUAGCCACCUUCAAAGAUGAGCUAUUGAAACCUCACCUUCCCCAUCACCUGCAGGUCCCACACGCUACGGCAUCCCAGGACAAUGUAUUUCUUGUCUCCUGAAGUCUCUUUAAAGCAGCACUAACACAGUUUCCACUGUGCACCUAUGGGACCCACAUCUUCCUGACACUCAAAUCAAGAGGUUUCAAAGUGCCUGUGAGAUGCAUUUUGCCUGCUGUCACUUCAGGGCAACUGUUCCCAUUCACAAUUCUUUUCUGUGAUUUCAGAUGACCUUGACAGAGCUGCUUCAGUGUUUAAUUUUUUACCUUUACAAGGAACUCAUUACUAAUCUGGGCGUGAGGCUCAGGAGCCAUUUAGGGAGAAACUUCUCCAUCGGGUCUAGGAGAAACAUCGUGAACAUCUGGACUGGAAAUGCCACACGCUCCUUUCUGCAAAGAUCAAAAGUGUGAAGAGGCAAAUAAUUCCUUCACAGCCCGCAGUAGACUGUAAUGAUGUGAAAAGGCUUGGCUGAGGCUCAGAAUUCUCCGUCAUUAGGACAAGUGCACGUUAUUUUAGUAUAAACUGCGCGUUCCUCCACUUCCGCUGCAGAUAGGCAAAACAACCUCUAUCAAACCAUGACUGUUUCUGAAGAUCAGAGUAACUUCUUUGAAGAUAUUCUGCCCAUUAAAAUUUGGAAUGUU